UCACCUGCGCUUGCUCUCCCCGCAGUUGCUGCGCGACUCGGACAUGAGCUCUGGCGGGCCUCGCUGCCAGCUGUGUGCCAGCUCCGGAGCAGCAUGGGGCACUCCGGCCCACGGACCGGUGCCCCCUUCCUGCCAGGCCAGUGGUGCUUCUCUCCAGCCCCUAGAGACGCCGGGCAGCGCCGAGGCGGCCGCCUGUGACCUCCGUCCUCCCACCUGCCGCUUCCCCUCCCUCCACGCGAUCGCUGUGUGGCGUGUGGCCCCGCCAGAUGGAGAGGAUGAGCUGGCUGAGCAAGCUGAAUCCCCGGGCGGCAGCCGGGCACCGGGCAAGCCGGGCGGCCAGCCUGCAGAGCCCCGUCACGGCGGACCCCGAGACGUGCCUCAUGGUCUUCAAGAACCACUGGGCUCAGGUGCUGAGGAUCCUGGAGAAGCGGGGCCCGCGGGCGGCGCAGGGGGCGGCGGAUGACCUCAGCGUGGUGCGCAACAACACCUGCCAGAUGAUGACGCUGCUGGCGGAGGAGCGGGCCAGGGCCGAGGGCGCCGCGGGGCCCAUCCUGGAGUUCGUGGCGGCCGAGGACGUGCUGGAGCGCCUGCUGGGCUGGCACCUGCAGCGGGACGUCCCCGAGGAGCGCAAGGUGGAGCUGCUGAAGCUGUACGAGGCGCUGGUGGGCCAGGCGCGCCAGCCGCUCCUGCGCCAGCCGGCCGUGCUGCGCCCGCUACUGCGGCUGCUGGGCCAGUGCGCCGGCCCGGCCUCGCCGCGGCUGGAGGGCACGCUGGUGCCGCUGCUCAGCCAGCUGUGCGUCUCCGUGGCCCGCGAGCCCCCGCUGCUGGAGCGCCUCUUCCACAGCCCCGGCGAGCGCAGCCCGGCCAGCCUCGUCGUCUUCUCCCUCCUGGUGCCCUUCAUCCACCACGAGGGGCUGCUCGGCCAGCAGGCCCGCGACGCCCUGCUGCUGCUCAUGGCUGUGUCUGCCGGCAACCGCACCGUCGCCCAGUACAUCACCGACAGCUCCUACUUCUGCCCGGUCCUGGCCACCGGCCUGAGCGCCCUGUACUCCUCCUUGCCCCGCAAGCUGGAGGUCCGGGGGGACGACUGGCACUUCCUGCGCCGUGAGGACUGGAUUGGGGUCCCCUCCCUCGUCCUCUUCAUGAACUCGCUGGAGUUCUGCAAUGCAGUCAUCCAGGUGGCCCACCCGCUGGUCCAGGAGCAGCUAGUCGAGUACAUCCACCACGGCUUCCUCGUGCCUGUCAUGGGCCCGGCCUUGCACAAGUCCUCCAUCGAGGAGAUGAUCGCCAGCACGGCCUACCUGGACCUCUUCCUGCGCAGCGCCAGUGAGGUGGCGCUGCUGAAGACCUUCCUGCGCUUCCUGCUGCUCCACCGCCACGACCACUGCACCAUCCUCGACACGCUGGUGGCCCGCGUGGCCAGCAACUCCCGUCUGUGCAUGGUCUCGCUCGGCCUCUUCCGGACCCUGCUCAGCCUCCACUGCGAGGACGUCCUGCUGCAGCUGGUGCUCAGGUACCUGAUCCCCUGCAGCCACGUCAUGCUGAGCCAGCGGAGGGCGGUGAAGGAGGUCGACCUGUACGGCAAGGCGGCCAGCAAGUUCCUCUCGCUGCUGCCCCGCUGCUGCCGCCGCGGCCCCGAGAGCGCUCCCCCAGCCGGGCGGGAAGAGGAGCACGCCAGCUGGUCCAAGGGCCACGGGAGCCCCAGCGUGGACGCCUCCUCCGUCGUGACCGUCCCCAAGCCCUCCACGCCCUCGCGCAUCUCCUUCUUCAUGCGUCAGUCGAGCCUCAGCACGGACGCCCCGAGUCCCGCAGGAACCCCGACAGGCAGCCCCUGCCACCGACCGGGCCGCUGGGAGGAGGUUGCGGACCUGGACGGGAACUACCUGGAGUACCUGCGGGACGCCCGGCUGCACGUGGACCGCUGCGUCUGGGCCUGCCGCGUGUGGUCCGCCCCCUACGACGGGGAGGAGCCCAGCGCCAGCAGCCUGGCCCCGCCCCCGGACCCCGCCCCCCCACCCCUCAGCCAGGACUGCUUUGGCCCCGCCCCCGACAGGCCCCCGGGCCACGCGCCCGCCUCCCCCCGGACUAAAAAACGGGGCCUGCCGGAAGGGGCGGCUGUCCCGGAAGGGGCCGCCCCCGGAGGGGAGCCCAGUCCCCCGGCCUCUCCGGGCCCCAGGGACUCGGGGGCCCUGCUCAACGGGGCCCAUGGGGGCGCGGGCCUCCAGGAGCCCUGCUGGCACCCGCUGCCCGGCGGGCUGGAGAACGGCUCCGCCCCGAGCCCCGGCUGCGAGCCCGGGCCGGCCUGGCCGCCCCCGGACAGCUCAGACUGCCUGCUGGAGCAGCUGCUGGGCCCAGCCCCGCUGGAGAACGGCGGGGGCGCCCUGGCGGUCGAGACCCUGGCGGCGGAGCUGAGCCGGCUGGAGGACGAGCUGGCCAACGGCGCAGGGGAGCCGUCCUCCGAGCGGGACCCCCUCUCCCGGGAAGAGGAGGAGGCCUACCGGAGCUUCUCCUCACACCCGGACAGCACGGAGCCGCCCCGGGCGGCUGACCCCCCGGCCCCGGUCAUCAGAAGUCCCCUGCGCACGCCCGGGCAGCCCCCCAGCCAGCCCUUCACAGGCCCCUUCGUGGCCGUGCUGCUGGCCAAGCUGGAGAACAUGCCGCAGAACUCGCUGUACGUCAACGUGCUGCUGACGGGGCUCCUCGCGCAGCUGGCCUGCCACCCGCAGCCGCUGCUGCGCUCCUUCCUGCUCAACACCAACAUGGUCUUCCAGCCCAGCGUCAAGUCCCUCAUACAGGUCCUGGGCUCGGUCAAGAACAAGAUCGAGAGCUUCGCUGCCAGCCAGGAGGACUUCCCCGCCCUGCUGUUCAAGGCCAAGAAGUACCUGAUCGCGCGCGCCAAGCUGGACUGGUCCGACACGCAGGGCGCGGCCCCCUCCCUGCGCCGCUCGGAGACCCUCGUGAAGAGCCGGAAGCCGUCCAUCGGGGAGCUGAUCAUGCGCCACACCAACAGCCCCACACGGGCGCGCCAGGCGGCCCAGCUGGCCCUGCAGCCCAUGCGCGAGGGGCAGGCCAUGCAGGCGCUGGCCGGGGCCUCCCUGCUGCGUGGCUCAGCCGAGCGGCAGAGCGAGGCGCUGCGGGUGAAGAACGCAGUCUACUGUGCCGUCAUCUUCGGCGAGUUCCUCAAGGAGCUGGCCGCCAUCGCGCAGGCCCACGCCGUCACCUCGCCCUUCCUGCUGGAGCCGCCGGAGGAGUGACCGCCCGCCCGCCCGCCCGCCCGCAGCACUCCCCCCUCGGCCCCCGCCGGCAUCGCCCCCCGGCUUGGCACUGCCAGGUCUGCACUACUCGGGGGGGCACCUUUUUAGACACUCCGUUCCGGGACACGGACCUUUUUAAUUUAUUGGGAAUGAAUGUUUUUCUGGAGAAUUUGUUGCAAUAUGUAUAAAAGAAGCGCAUUCGUCA